GCUGCCCCAGCUGAUGGGGGCGAUGACAAUGAAACUCUGCAGCAUCCCCCAGGCUGUGCUGUGCUUUCUCUGCGCGCCGGCGAGGGUGACGCCGACACCAACACUGGGAGGAGCCGGGGACACCACACGCACCGGCACGGCCGGCGUGGCAGCGGUGCUCAUGUGCCCGCGGUGCCCUGGCGGUGAUGAAGCAGCGAUGACGGCCGCCGGAGGGACGCUCCAGCCCCGCAGACCUGACCCCGGGUGGCAGCUGUCGGGGCCGCCGCUGCCUCUGGCCCUCACCGUGCUGGCCUGGCUGGGCACCGGCACUGCCCUGGCCGGCCUGAACAAAUGGAUUUUCGCUGCCCACGGCUUCCGCUACCCGCUGCUGCUGUCAUCCCUGCACAUGCUGGCGGCAGUAGCACUGGGGUACCCGCUGGGGUGGGCACGGGGCCCACCACCAUCCGUCCGUCCUCGUGCCAGGAUCUACUUGCUGAGCCUCACCUUCUGCGGCAGCGUGGCCCUGGGCAACCUGGGGCUGAGCCUGGUGCCACUGGACGCAGCGCAGGCCGUGCACGCCACCGCCCCGCUCGCCACCCUGCUGCUGUCAGCACUGCUGCGGGGCCACCGGCACCACCCGCUACAGUACAUGGCCAUGGGGCCUGUCUGCGCCGGGGCCGCCUGCAGCAUCGCCGGUGGCGUCCACUUCCACCAGCCCGGAGGCUGCGUCCUCCUCGCCGCCACCGUCCUGCGCGCCCUCAAGUCGCUGCAGCAGAGCCUGCUGCUGCAGGAGGACCGGCUGGACGCUGUCUCCCUGCUCUGCCUCACCGCCCUGCCCAGCUUCUGGCUCCUGUUCGGGGCGGCCAUGGCGCUGGAGGUGGCCCCAGCCUGGGAGGGCGUCCUGCGCUACGACGGCUCCCUCUGGGGCUGCGUCCUGCUCAGCUGCCUUGGCUCCGUCCUCUACAACCUUGCCAGCUUCUGCGUACUGUCUCUCACCUCCGCCCUCACCAUCCACCUCCUGGGCAACCUCACCGUGGUGGGCAACCUCCUGCUCUCCCGCCUGCUCUUCGGCAGCCACCUGAGUGGGCUCAGCUACCUGGGCAUCGGGCUGACGCUGGCCGGGAUGUUCAUGUACCACCAGCCGCAGCUCGUCGCGAGGCGCUGGGCAGCGUGGCCGGGCCGCGGCCCCCCCAGGCGCGAGUAGGGAUGGGGCGGCCACAGGGACAGCGGGACGGCGGCGAGCACUGGGCAUGGGCCUGUGCGUGUGUGCCGGUGGGGCACGGUACUGCGUGCACACGUAUGUGCUGGUGUGCGUGGCCCUGCGUGCACGUGUGUGUGCCAGUGUGUGGGGCACUGCAUGCACACGUGUGCAGGUGUGUGUGGCACUGUGCACAUGUGUGUGCUGUACGCGUGGCUCUGUGUGCACAUUUGUUGGUGUGCAUGGUACUGGGUACACAUAUGCCUGCUGCUGCUCAGAGCACUGUACGCACAUGUGUGUGCACAGCUCUGCGUGCAUACAUGUGUGCCGGUGUGCACAGGCCCUUUGUGUACGUGUGUGCUAGUGUGCACAGCUCUGCAUACACACAUUUAUGCCAGUGCGCAUGGUCACAUGCAGACAUAAGUGCUGGUGUGCAGAGCUCUGUGUGUGCACGUGUGCGCCACAGUGCGCAGGUUCUGUAUGUGCAAGGGGGUGUCUGUGUGCACAGCUGUGUGCAUGGGGCAAGUGCGUGCAGGUGUGCAAAGGCUCUGCAGGUGUGAGUGGAUCUCUGCUGUGUGUGCAGGGAGCACGUGAGUGUUGGUGCAUAAAGGUUCUGUGUGUGCAAGCAGGUCUCACACAUGUAGGCAUGUGUGUGCUAGUGGGCACAAGUUCCCUGUGCGCAGUGUGUGUGUGCAGAGCGUUUUGUGCAGGUGUGCAUGUGUGUGCUGGUGUGCACAGGCUCUGCACGUGUGAGUGGCUCUCUCUGCACGGCUCUGUGCCUGGGGCACAUGUAUGUUGGUGUGUACAGGUAUGGGGGGCACAAGUGCAUGUGCAGAGCAUUAUGCAUGAGUGUGCAUGUGUGUGCAGGGUGCACAGGCUGUGUGUACAUGUGUGUGCACAGCCUCCGUGUGCAAGCACAUCUCUGUGCACAGCAGAUGUGUGCGUGUGUGUGUGUGCACGUGUGUGUGCAUCACUACUGAGCUCUGCUGGGUGGAGUGAGCCCGGUGCACACAUGGAGCAUGUGCAUGCACGCCUCGUGCCCCUGCGGGAUGGAGUGCACCGGACCCUUGUGGUGCUGCGUGCCAGCGCGGUGCCGGUGUCCCCAGCGGGCGUUACGCUCCUCCAGGGCUCACCGGCCUCUGAUGGAGCAGUGGCACGGCACGUGCAAAGGGACAACGCAUGUGAGUGCCAGCCCAGCUGUGUGCACACCAGACACGGCUGCACACCCGCAGGUGCUCUGCGGUAGGAGCACUGGAACCACUGCGCAUGGCCUGUGUCGGGGCCGAGGACAACUCUGAUUGCACUCGUCCUGAAAUAAAGCUCUAUUUUUGUUGUACUCC